CCUAACUGUCGACCCUAAAUUUUAGAAAUGUUGUCACUUUUGUAUGCCAUGGACAUACAUAAAUGUCGAUAGAAACUCCACUGCAUAAGUUAAUUGAAAUAUCAAAACUUGCAAGGCGAUUUUAUUCUACUCUUUGUUGAUUAGAGAAAGAAUACAUUUUAUACCAUGCGGCAAAAUGAAACUUUACAUCAUUGUUGGCAUCUACUAUAAGAUUGCAGAAAAUUUUCCAUUGGUAAAUUAAACAUCUCUAGCAAUUAUGUGCUUUGCACUGAAGUUAUUAGUUAAUUUAUUGCCUGCAAGAUGUUGGUGUACUGGCUCAUUUGUUCAGACAUUUUUAGCAAAUUCCAAAAAGAUGCUCACUACAAUCUAACUUCUUUUGAUACCACUAGAAUUCUGCCAAUCAAAAUGGUUCAUGCAGUAAAUUCUGCAAGUCUGAAACAUAGUAUAUUAUAUAUGUUCUAGAGUUCAUAAUGCAAAAUAAUCUAAUUUCACGACCUUGUGCCUAAUAAGAAAAUGAUUCAUAUUUGAUUUUAUAGUUCUUUUUUGCUACAGAUACCAAUGGGCAACACAUAUGGCAGUUUGUCAUGGUGCUGUCAUUAAUCCAAUUCUGAUCAUCUUUUCUUGGAACAUUCUUUCUAGUUUCUUUUGUUUUUGGAAACUCCGGGACUGUGGCUGUGAUCCGGACAAUGACUUUUGUUGCCACGGAGAGGAAUGAGCUGAAAGAUGAGAACACUACAUUACAAGCUGAAAUAUCCCAGCUCCAAAAGGAACUGCAGGGGAGAUCGAGUUAUAAUCCCACAUGGAGCGACAACAUCAAUUCAAUGACUCCCACUCAGCCGCAGCCGACUGCCACAGGGCUUCCAAUGCUGCAUCGGCCAGUUGCUAUUGGAUCCACACAAGCAACCCCCAUUCGGCAGCUCCAGCACUUUUCCGGUGGAAAGAACAAGCACUCCACCACCAACGCCGCCUGGGCUUUCCCAGGUGAUGAGACGACAUGCCAGAUAUCCGACUUUAUCGGACUUGCAGCCGGGUCUUCUCCUUUGGACUUCUCACCAGGAUCACAAGAAGAGAGAUGUGGCAGCUGUGGCAUUAGCACUAGCAGCGAGGAGGAAGGAUGUAAUACAGCAUCAACUGGUUGUGGCGCCAAUUCAGCCUCAGCCUCACACGGUGGAGGGCCCCACGCCGAGCCCGCUGCGCCUCAAUGUUCGUGCUCGUACCGGCAGCCGUCAGAUUAGGUGCGCCCAUGGCGGUCCCACGGCGUGUCAUUUCCACUGCGGACGUACAGUCACCUCGUCUCCGGUCCCAGCCGAGGACACAAUCGUCCAGCUUUUCUCGGCGGCUAAUUUGCUGCAGAAGGCUCGGUAGUCGGCAACCAUUCGAUGCAGCUUUAGCCUCUCUUUCUCCAAAGUUGAUUCAGUUCUGGAGACGUCUGCGACGUUUUUGCUUUAGCCGAAAAGCUUGACAUUAUACUGCAGCGUUUGGACCUGCCUAUGAUCCUUCCUCCCUUGCUCUCUCUCUCUCUCUCUCUCUCUUACUUUUCUGACGCAUGGUAGAUUUUGUUGUCAUCGAUCACAUGGUGCAAUGAUCCCUGUCCUCCUUUGGUUAUGCCUUUCGUUUUGGUCGAUUUAAAUCUAGUUGUUUGGACGUCAGAUUCCUUAAAACAAGCUUGCUACAAUGUGUCUCUAACAAGAUUGUUUCCUUGGUCA